UUCUCCUUCUCUUGUUUUGGAAAGAGUUUGUGCAUCGCUCUCUUUCUCAGCAUGGGCCUGAGCUUCACCUUUGGACAUUCAGAGACAGGGGGAACAGCAUUCACUCCAGUUUGAAUGGCUAUGACGCAAAUUCCUGACCAAUGUAGUUUACUGAGUACUCAGUUUAACAACAACUCUAUUUCCACCCGUUCUGGCAAACAGACACACAUUGAAGAGGUCGGAACAGACCCCAAACAGCGCUUGGACUGACAAAAGGAAGUCUGGAUGACCUUUGUGCCUCAAUUGGCUGUCCGAAAUGGACUGUUUAAUAACAGGCUGGGUUGUUGUCAACUGCUGGACUGAAUAGAAGUUCUGGUUAUCGUCAUCAUGUGUUAGCAGUAAAGCAGUGACAGCAGGACAGUGGAGAUGUUCAUCAGCCCAAAGACCUUGUUAACAUGUUUCUGGUUGCAGAUACAUCUGACCUGUGCCCAAAAAACAUGCCCUACCAUCCAACAAAUGAAUGUAAACUUUUCUGUGACCUACCCAGUCUACUUUUUCCAAACCACCAAUGCCAUACAGAACAUAGUUUUUAAUGAAUAUUUUGAUGAAGUUUAUGUGGCCUCUCAAAAUGUAGUUGAAGCCUUGGACAAAAAUCUUACCAAACUAUGGGAAUUAAAAACGGGACCAGUUGGCAGUCCAGAUUGUCAGACGUGUAACUGUGAUAUUGAGAACGAACCGGGAACAUCAUUGGACACUGAUAACCAAGUUCUUGUUUUGGAGCCUCAGCAGCAUCUGGACUUCCUGUACAUCUGUGGGAGCACCCAGUAUGGAGUCUGUAACAUGCUUGAACUUGAUAAAGGCAACAUAGCCUCUAGCCCCGAAUGUUUAUUUAAUAAAAAAGCCAACUCACCCUCUGAUUGUCCAGACUGCGUUGCCAGUCCUCUGGGAACGAAGGUCACUGUGGUAGACGAGGGUUAUUCAACAUACUUCUUCACAGCAGCCACCGUCAACAGCACCAUUGCUGGGUCUUUCGGCAAACACUCACUUUCUAUCCGUCGCUUGCUUAACACAGAAAAUGGUUUCCAUGAUGUGAAGAAUCUGACCGUUCUUCCCAAAUUCCAGGAUGUAUUUACAAUUGACUACAUCUAUACAUUUUCCACAACGGAAUAUGUUUAUUUCUUAUCUGUGCAAUGGGAGAGUCUAAUGAAACCAAAUGCGAAGUUGCAGACUCAUCUUGGGCGUCUGCCGAUUAAGGACAGCGAGCUUUGGAUGUACAGGGAAAUUAUUCUUGAGUGCCGCUUCGAGCCCAAACGCAGGAGAAGGAGCUUCAGGGAUGUUGUUUAUAAUUCGGUUCAAGCUGCUCACUUCAGUACAGCUGGCAAAGAGCUUGCUGAUGAUCUGGGAGUGAGGAUAGACAGCCCGAUACUGUAUGGAGUGUUCGCUGUGACGGAUCAAAAGGGCAAUCCAAUGAGACAGUCUGCCUUGUGCGCUUUUCCAUUGGACUAUGUGAACAGUGCCAUUGAAAAGGGGGUAGACGCCUGCUGUUCAAGUUUGACAGAGCAGAUCUCAAGGGGAUUGUGCCAUUUCCAGCCCUGUGAAAUGUGUCCAGUUGAGAAUUCAGACAGUUUGACUUGCAAAACUACUCCCACCAUGGUAUCAAAGCCUUACUACAGAGUGGACUUCUUCAAUGGGCAGAUGAGCAAUGUGCUCUUCACCUCUAUUCUGGUCACCACCAUUGAGACCAAAACUGUGGCCCACAUCGGCACAGAUCACGGAAGACUUCUGCAGAUCAUUCUGAGCAGAUCAAUCCCUGUAGUGUUUGCCAACUACUCUCUUGUUGAAGAUGCACAGAAAGUGUCACGGAUAGCCGCCAUUCAUUCAUCAUUAGAAUCACUGCUCUUUGUUGUCGGAAACAAGCUAAUAAACGUGUCUCCCAGAGGCCCAGGCUGUAGCCAUUUCCUAAACUGCUCAGCGUGUUUAGCAGCCCCGAGGUUUAUGGGAUGUGGCUGGUGUGGUGAAGUCUGUUCCCAACAGCAUCAGUGUGAAGAUCAGUGGAGCGGCGACUCCUGCCCUCCUGUUAUCACCCAGUUUUUCCCCAGGACGGUGCCUUCAAAUGGGACGAGUGAACUUAUUCUUUGCGGCUGGAAUUUCCAGUCAGCUUCCCGUCCUGCUAUCACUCAAGAGUCUCAUCAGGUCAGAGUGGGAAACAGCGACUGUACAGUUGUACCAGAGAAAACAAGUAGCUCUCUGCUGGUUUGUAGGAUUGUUGGAGAGGAAUCAGGCCUGCAUCAAAGUGUUAACAUAACAAUCCAAGUUAAUGAAAAAAAAGCGGGAAGUGGAUACUUCAUCUCUGGGAAGGCUGGCAUUCAAGGCUUCAGCUUUGUGACUCCAGAAAUCACAGAUAUCAGUCCAAGCUUUGGACCCAAGAUUGGAGGAACCCUGAUCACCCUGUCUGGAAAGCAUCUGGAUGCAGGUGGAUCCAGAACGAUCAGCCUUGGAGACAGAAAUUGCCCUGUUGAAAGCGUCUCCAGUGAUGGGACUUCUAUUGUUUGCCGGUCUGAAGGUGUGAAGGAUACUUUAGAAGUGGAUGUGAAGGUUGUAAUUGAUGGAUCGACUAUUUCCUCCACAAAAACAUUCAGCUACAGGGUGAAUCCCGAGGUGACGGGUGUAAACCCCAACUGUGGUUUUAGAAGAGGAUCAAAAAUUAUCAUCACCGGGCAGAAUUUGGACUCUGUUUCCCAAGCCGUCAUUAAAUACAAAGGCGGCUACAAAGACCCUGUGGAAACCGUGUGUUCUGGUCAAGGAAACCCCACGCAGAUGGAGUGUAUGAGCCCUGUAUGUGAGGAGUCAACAGGAAUCCUCUCUGUAGAUCUGGAUGGAGCCAAAGAUCUCCAGUCUCAGACUUUUACAUGCCAUGCUAAUGGAGAACCCAUCCCAUUUGAAACAGAGGACCGAGUGCUGGAGCUCAGCCCAGGCCAGGAUGAAGUCUCUCUGCACCACAAGAAACUGGCUCUGGUGUCGGGCUGCAUGGAAAUCAUCAUGACAGUUAAUGGCGUGGAUUGCAAUGCUAAAGUUCUGGACAAUGAGAUCACUUGCAGGAUCCCCAAAAAUCUGACUAUCCCCCGCCAAGGGGCACCAGUCAAGGUGUUAGUGAAUAGAGAAGAGCAUGACAUCGGUAUGGUUGUAAUGAAGAACAGCAACUUAAUUGUGGGCGUGGUGCUGGGCAUCUUAGCUGCAGUUGGUGUAGGAGCAGCUAUUGUCUAUGUUGCGAUGGCUCAAGAGCGAAAGAAAAAGAAAGCUGCACUUGUUGAGGUUCGACUGUCCAUGCAUUCAAAUCGCACCACAGCAGAGAAUUACGACAGAUCACCUGAUGGCGACUACAGAAGGGAAACUGUUCGUCCUGCAGGUCUGUCAGUUUCUCCAUUUCAUGGCUCGGGCACCACAUUCACCAGUCUGCCGUAUGCCGGCUCUAUGGACUCUGCAGCAGCUCCUCUGAUGCGCCGUCAGGUCUCCAUGUCUGCUCUCCGGCCAGAUCUGCUGGAGGAGGUCAAGAAUGUUUUAAUCUCACCCGAUAAGAUCAAAAUCCAGCAUGAACAAAUCAUUGGCAAAGGUCAUUUUGGGACAGUGUAUCAUGGAUAUCUUACUGAUAGUGAUAACAAAGAGACCCACUGUGCAGUCAAAUCACUGAAUAGGAUCACCGAUCUGGAGGAGGUGGAGCAGUUUUUAAGAGAGGGACUCUUUAUGAAGGCCUUCCACCAUUCUCACGUCCUGUCACUUUUGGGCAUUGUGCUUCCCAGCGAUGGACUUCCUCUGGUUAUCCUGCCGUAUAUGAAACACGGUGAUCUCCGGCAUUUCAUCCGCUCUCCAGAAAGGAGUCCCACAGUGAAGGAUCUGAUUGGCUUCGGGCUUCAAGUAGCCAAAGGAAUGGAGUAUCUUGCAAACAAGAAGUUUGUGCACAGAGAUCUUGCUGCACGCAACUGCAUGCUGGACGAGUCAUUUACAGUGAAGGUGGCUGACUUUGGCAUGGCACGUGAUGUCUAUGAUAAGGAAUACUACAGCAUCCAGGACAGCAAGAAAGCGAAGCUGCCAGUCAAAUGGAUGGCUUUAGAAAGCCUGCAGACACAGAAAUUCACCACCAAAUCAGAUGUGUGGUCUUAUGGAGUGUUGAUGUGGGAGUUGUUGACGAGAGGAGCCAGUCCAUAUCCUGAUGUGGACCCUUAUGACAUCACGCCUUAUUUGAUGCAAGGCCGUCGACUACCACAACCGCAGUAUUGCUUUGAUUCCCUCUGGUCAGUUCUGAUGCAGUGCUGGCAUCCUGAGCCCGAGAAGAGGCCGGGUUUCACUACACUCGUGCAGGCCGUUCAGGACAUCCAUUCCAGCCUGGACGGGGAGCAUUACAUCAACCUCCAGAUCACCUAUGUGAAUCUAGACCAGCCUCGACCGUACCCGUCACUGUGUCCUGCUACACCCGCACACUCAGACCAGUCCUCCACCUGACGAGGAGCAUGCACUGAACAUCAGCUGCUGGAUUUAAUGAAGAAUCCCAAAAGACGAUCCACUAUUCUGUGUGUGCAUUUUGUGAACUCAGGUCUUUUGGGAUUUUAAGCGUUUGGGGAAGUGCACUCCUUAAAUGAAUGUCUUUGAUCAGGUUUUUAUACGUUUUUAAACACGUGGAAUUGUUUCUUACUCUAGAUAAUGGAAAUUGCUCAUGCUUACAGUUUUUAACACUGUCCAGACACAAUCCAAUAGGAUUUCUCAGAAACAAGCAAUUUUUACGUCCAACUGCACUGUUAAAAAUGAAAUGCCACAUUGUAAAGAAAUUCUUGUUGCCUUUAUUUUUUUAAGUUGAAUCAAAUGAACUUUUUCUUAAAUUAACUUAAAUAAAUCAAACUGACUAAAAUAUGUUUAACUUUGCAUAACUUAAAAAAUGGAGUUAAAGUCUGAUUGACUUUUUAAAAUAAGUUCAAGUAACAUAAAAACAUUUGUAGCCAUGACUUUUUGUCAUAGCAUUGUUUACAGUGCAAAAAGACAUAGCUACAAAAUGUUUUAUUGUAUAUUCAUGUAUUGUCCUUCGGCUUAGUUCCUUUAUUCAUCUAAGGUCACCACAGCGGAAUGAACC